CCGACAUUUCAAAUCAGAAAGAAGAGUUAUCAAAGGCGAAUUUUUACUAAUUCGUUGGGAUGGCUGCUGAAUUACGACACGGGUUUCUAAAUGACCCGUACUUUCUAGACAACCUACAAUCACACUACUAUUCACAUUUCGACUUAAAAAGAAACACAACGUCUGCCAAUCCCUCUCCACAAGAUGACACAUACAAAAUUGCCGAUUGGAAGUCUUCAGGAAACAAGAAAAAGACCACAAUGGCGGCACUUGUGAUGUGCCUGAACUUGGGCAUUCCUCCGCCGGACAUCAUGCGUCCCCAAGAAUAUCCGUAUCUGGAAGCGUUUGUUAACCCAUCUACCUAUCCCGAUACAAAGCUAGCAUUGCAGGCGAUAGGAAAGCACUUGCAGAGUAAUUAUGAAUCCAUCUCCUCGAGAGCAAAGUACAAGCAAUCGUUGGACCCCUCGGUAGAAGACCUCAAACGACUCUGUACCUCUUUACGCAGGAACGCCAAGGACGAAAGGAUUCUAUUCCACUACAAUGGGCACGGCGUCCCACAGCCGACGCAUUCCGGUGAAAUCUGGGUUUUCAACAGGGGAUAUACCCAGUAUAUUCCGGUGAGUUUGUAUGAUCUCCAGAAUUGGCUAGGUGCCCCAUACAUUAUGGUGGUUGAUACCAACGCCGCAGGUCAUGUUAUUGAAAACAACAAGAGGUUCAUCCAGAAAAGAAUUGACGACGAAGCAAACCACCAUACCGAUAUGGCGUCACCAUCUCCCGUCAGUGCAUAUAUAGAAAGCAUCCAGUUGGGUGCAUGUCAAAGUAACGAAAUUUUACCACUGAAUCCAGAUUUGCCAGCAGACUUAUUUACGUGCUGUUUGACACGCCCGAUAGAAAUGAGUAUCAAAUGGUUCAUUUUAUUUUCUCCGCUCAGAGAAAAAGGCUAUUAUGAUAUUUUGAAAAAUAAAAAUGGAGUGAUUGAAAUACCUGGCAAGCUAACGGAUAGGCGGACACCUUUGGGUGAAUUGAAUUGGAUUUUUAUUGCUGUCACAGACACUAUUGCGUGGACAUCUCUAUCCAGGCCACUAUUCAAGAAGUUAUUCAGACAGGAUUUGGUGAUUGCUGCAUUAUUCAGAAAUUUUCUUUUAGCAAAAAAACUAAUGCCUGAAGCCGGAUGCCACCCGAUAUCAGACCCUCCAUUACCUGACGUUAGCGAUCAUCCAAUGUGGGACUCUUGGGAAUUUGCCAUUGACCAGAUUCUAGGUCAAAUGCUUGAGAAAAAAGAAUCAGAACCCGCUGUUGUUGAUAUGACAGACAUUCCGCAACUACAAAUUGUAUCAUCUACAAGUGAAACGGAACUUAAUGGAUCAAGCAAGAAGGCAAAAAGUUCUUCUCUCUCUUCGAACCAAAUGCAAAGUGGGUGGAAUUACCAACAUUGCUCCUUUUUCCAGCAGCAUUUAACGGCAUUUGAAGUAUGGCUCCAAUACGGCUCUGCCAUCAAGGAACCGCCACAACAAUUACCCAUAGUUUUACAAGUUUUAUUAUCUCAGGCUCAUAGGUUAAGAGCGUUACAUUUGUUAUCAAAUUUCCUUGAUUUAGGACCUUGGGCAGUCUAUCUAGCUUUGAGUGUUGGAAUGUUCCCAUAUAUUCAAAAGUUAUUGCAAAGCCCUUCCCCAGAUUUAAAGCCUAUAUUAAUUUUCAUUUGGACAAGAAUUAUGUCUGUAGAUUAUCAAAAUGCCCAGCAAGAGUUAAUAAAGGAUAGAGGGUAUAAUUAUUUUACCCAAAUGUUGACCUUCCAACCUCGACCUUCUCAACCACACAUUCAAGGCAAUCCCUUGGUCAUAGAAAGCCCUGCAGUCAAUAACAACGUUACAUUUGCGGACCAAAAGGCCAUGAGCGCAUUUGUCUUGGCCAUGUUUGUGAGAGACCACAAACAAGGACAGAAACUAGCCUUUUCCAUUGAUGUGGUAAAAAUCUGUAUUAGUUAUAUUGAGACUUCAGAGAGUCCGUUAUUGAGGCAAUGGAGUGCGUUGCUCAUAAGUGGAAUGGUGAAGGAACAUCUUGAAGCCGUGGUUAUAAUUAUGAGAAGUGGAGCAUUUGCAAAGUUGUUGACUCUGGCCAAUGACCCCAUCCCUGAAAUUAGGGCUUCCAUAGUGGAUGCAUUGAGUAAUUUCAUAUUGCUUUCUAACGAAGGUGAUGAACUGGACAACAGCUAUGGAUUGAGAGAAGAGCUUAACCAACAAGAUUUGAAAAUGGCUGGCGAAAUAUUAAACUUAUGCAAUGAUGGCUCGGCAUUGAUCAGAAGAGAAGUUGUCUGCUUUUUCAGCAGAUUUAUUGUUAAAUAUAUUGAAUUCUUUCUAGUAAGUGCUUUUAGUCAAUUAGAGGAAGAAAUUACUCUAGUUGACAAGCCUUCCAUUAUUGAUGAGGUUAGAAGAAAAUCACCAGCUUAUGGAUCAAUUUUCUCCACUGUGUGGAAAGCAUUGUUGAUUGCAAGUGAAGACCCUCAUGAUGAAGUGAAAAACUAUGCACAGCAAGUUAUAGAUUACAUUAUGCUCAAAUUGAAUGAAUCACAAUUAGGUGAUGUAGUUGCAAGCAUGGAAGACUAUCUAUUACAAAACCGAAGCAGUGUUGAGAGCAGGGCCGAUUCCAUAGAUAGUAGUCUAUUGGUCAAGCUGAAUGAAAAUCCAAAAUACAAAAACAUGCAGCCUAACACCAUCAAGCAGCUCAAUCAAAACAACGGGAAAUCCGCUAGAAGGGUGCAAUCCCUUAAUGUUGAUUCAAGGAUCAGUGCAGAACUUGAAAACCAGAAAAAGCGUCCUGGCUCAAGUGCUUCCUCGACAUAUGGAUUUUCGAUGUCUGACAAGGUUGCUACAUUCAAAUCUUGGUUACAUUCUUUUGGGCUUUAUGAUGAAACUCGAAGCGAGAUAUCCAGUGCUAAUCGAUUAAGUAACCUUCUAACUCAACAGCCAUUGGCCAUGGAAUUUGGGACCAAUGUUAGACCAACCACACCCCGGUUCAAGCCAAGGCCAAGAAAUAACGGGUAUCCUAUUUUACCGUUCACUAGUGGGUUUUUGGACUAUAGUUCUGAAUACUUUCAGGAAUCACAGCUAGGCCCAAAGGAAGCUGACGAGCCGGGUAGCGAGGAAUACAUGAGAAGAAUAUGGAGAAGGAACAGAAAUGAGGCUAUUAUCGCCACUACGCAGCCGCAGAAGGAGAUGGCUACAACUGGAAAUUGGAAAAAUGUUGUCUCGAGAUUAAACAAUACAACACAGCCGAAGAUUCUACAAUUCACACAAUUUGAAAAAUGGGUUGCUGCAACAGAUGAAAGGGAUAAUAUCACCACAUUUGACUGGAGUAAAGGGACAGAAUUGAGUAAAAUAUCCAAUGGCAAUCCUUUUGGCACCAAAAUUACUGAUUUGAGGUUCCUAAACGAAGAUCACGUUCCUUUGCUCAUGACCGGAUCCAGUGAUGGUGUUGUCAAGAUCUACAAAAAUUUCCACGAAGCUGAAAAGUGUCAGUUACUCACAGCAUGGAGGGCUUUGACGGAUAUAAUGCUAACGCCAAGAUCAGUUGGAUUAGUCACUGAGUGGCAGCAAAGUAGAGGUACAUUGCUGGUCACAGGUGAUGUGAAAGUGAUUAAGCUGUGGGAUGCACCCAGAGAAAAGUGUGUCUUAGAUAUACCUGUGAGAUCAACGUCACAAAUCUUAACUAUGACCUCAGACCAAGUCAGUGGAAACAUCGUUAUUGCCGGGUUCCAAGACGGAUCCAUGCGUGUUUACGAUCGCCGGAUGGACGCCAAAGAUUCCAUGGUCAAAGUUUACAAGCCAAAAAGUGUUCUUGAAAGAUCACCUAUUCGUAAUGUGCAUAUGCAACGUGGAGGAAUGCGGGAGUUGGUUAGCGGAAGCUCCAAUGGAUUGGUGCAAAUUUGGGAUAUCAGGAAGGAUGAUCCGAUUGUAAGAUUUAGGGCAUUUGAGAAAACCAUGACCACAGCCUUCAUCCAUGAACAUGCACCUAUCAUUGCUUGUGCAAGCAAAGAAGUCGACAUUUAUAGCACAGUGGGUAAACGGGUUGCCAGGAUUGUCAAUGGAGGAUUUAUUAACACGUUGAAUGGCACUGUUCGUAGCAACAGCUAUAUCAACUCCUUGGCUUUACAUCCUCAUAGAAUGAUGCUGGCUACGAAUCACAACCAAAGUGCAGAAAUAGCAGUGUACGAAUGUCGAGAGAACAAUGGCCCGAACGAGGAGUUUUACUCUAGGGAGGAGUUAAUCGGUGAUUACAGUUAAACUGGGAUGUAUAGUUGUGUAUGUAUAUAGCCGUUGAAAAGAUUUCUAUAAUCACCCAGGAAAUUUGGGCAUUACAGGAUUUAUCAG